CAGCAAUUAGCAUAAUGUAUCCGGAGUCCAGGAGAUGAGAACCAUCGCCUCUUCCCCUGCCAGUCUGACACCCUGCCACUUCAAGUUAGAGAGCAAGCAGCAAGAGGGCCCAGACAGCCUCUUCUACUUCUCCCUCUGGCCAUCCUGGAGGUCACGUAAGGACACUGCGCAGUGCGGGCAUGGUUUCAUUCGGGCUGUGGCAGUGGUGCUAGUCGGACGUGUGCGCUCUGCGGAAGGUGUUGGAAGGACGACUGCUCUCAAGGACUUCUUGCUUCUUUUCCCACUUAUUUCCGACGGUACGGCGUCUGUCUGUCGUUUAAGAAGUGACAGUGUUUACUGCAAAUAG